AUGCAACUCUAUGGCACCACGAGCGAGCGCAGCAGCGAGAGCGGAAGCGGCAGUAAGAGCAGGGUGAUGUGGGGAGGAUCCGUGAAGGUGGAAGCAGAGCUCUCUGAGGCAGAAGGAGCUUCGCCAGAGGAAGGUCAAAGGGCGCAGGCCCAGGAGCGUGCCCAAGAUGCCCUGUCAAGUGCAGGGGAUGAUCAGAGGAAUGAGGAGGAUAAGGAACUGUAUCAUCUAUCGCCAAAUGAUGUCAAGAAUGAAGUUUUGGGAAAAAACAUCAGAAUUCAAAGCAGGCCUCAGAGACAGAAAGUCAGGUGCAAGGUUAAGAAGAGGGAUAAAUCCAUUCCUUGCCAAGGGAGGGAUUUCCAAGAAGUAAUUCAAAGGUUGGAGGAAACGUACAAGUGCUUGGAGUGUGGAAUGAACUUCUCCGAUCAAACCCAAUAUAAUAUACAUUUUUCAAAGCACAGUAUAGUGAAGGCAUGUAAAUGCUUUCGAUGUGGAAAGUACUUCAGAUACAAAUCAAAACUCCAUGUGCACCAAAGGAUACACACAGUAGAGAAACAUUUUGAAUGCCCAGAUUGUGAAAAGAAAUUCAGUCAUAGUUCCCUUCUUAAACAGCAUCAAAGAAUCCACACAGAGGAAAAGCGUUUUGAAUGCUUAGAGUGUGGGAAGAGAUUCAGCUGCAGUGGCGAUCUUCAAAGUCAUCGACGAAACCACACAGAAGAGAAGCCUUUCAAAUGCUCAGAGUGUGGGAAAAGAUUCAGUGGGAGUGGCAAUCUUCAAAAGCAUCAAAGAACACACACGGGGGAGAAGCCUUUUGAAUGCUCUGAGUGUGGGAAAAGAUUCAGUGGGAGUGGCAAUCUUCAAAUUCAUCUAAGAAGCCACACAGGGGAGAAGCCUUUUGAAUGCUCUGAGUGUGGGAAGAGAUUCAGUCAGAAUGGCACUCUUCAAAUUCAUCUAAGAAGCCACACAGGGGAGAAGCCUUUUGAAUGCUCGGUAUGUGGGAAGAGAUUCAGUCAGAGAGGCCAUCUUCAGUUUCAUCAAGGAAGCCACACAGGGGAGAAACCUUUUGAAUGCUCAGAGUGUGGGAAGAGAUUCAGGGACAGAAGCAGUCUUCAAAUCCAUCUAAGAACCCACACAGGGGAGAAGCCUUUUGAAUGCUUGGAGUGUGGGAAGAGAUUUCAACGGAGUGGCAGAGAGCGCACUCAGAUCAGCAAAAGUAUUGUGCAUAGUGGGAGAGGCAGUCUCACACAGUCCAAGGCCGUGAAGAGCUUUGCAUGUAUUAACCAAUACUUUAUUUUGAGUCAGGGUCUGCUGGAAGUCCCCUCGCCCGAGUCCCGUUCUUGGGGAGAUGAACGUGGUGGAAUGAAGAGCCACCCGGCAGCAGAGGCUGGAAGGCGGGAGCUGACUUUUGGAACAAACAUCAAUUCUCAGCCGCGGAGGGAGGCCCAGAUGUGGGGAGGAUCCAUGAAGGUGGAAGGAAGCUUCUCUGAGGCGGAAGGAGCUCCGCCAGAGGAAGGUCAGAGGGUGCAGGCCCAGGAACGUGCCCAAGAUGCCCUGUCUAGUGCAGCAGAUGUAGAAGAGACAGCUGAGGAAUUCCACAAGUUCUCUUUGGAAAUAGUCAAGAAUGAAGAUGAUGAAGAAAACUUUGUAGAUGGACCACAGAGGCAGGAGGAAAGCCACGCAGGUAAGAGGAAGGAUGAGCCCAUUCCUUGCCAAAGAGGGGGCCUCCCUGAAACCCCAGUCCGUGAGGAAAGACCAGUCAACAAAACAAGAAACAAAGGUCUCCAUGUGAACCAGAGAAUCCACUGCGUGGAAAAGGGAAAUGAAAGUGUGGCAUUUGUCAAGAGUUUCAGUCAGAGAAUGAACAUCAUUAGGCAGAUUCUAAUUCCCUUAGUAGGGAAAUUAUAUAAUUGCUUGGAAUACAAAAACCUCUUCCGUCAUAAAGCAGCCCUUAGUUAA